GCGGCGGGCCCUACCGGCCGCGGCUCCCGGCUGGGCCCUAGCUGGCCGGCGGUGUGCUGGGGCGCGCGCGGAGGCUGUGGUCGCGGUGGCGCCCGCGGGGACGGAGGAGGGAAUGAGUGAAGAGGAGCAGGGCGCCGGCACUACCACAGGCUGCGGGCUGCCCAGCAUAGAGCAAAUGCUGGCCGCCAACCCGGGCAAGACCCCGAUCAGCCUUCUUCAGGAGUAUGGGACCAGACUAGGAAAGACGCCCGUGUACGACCUCCUCAAAGCCGAGGGCCAAGCCCAUCAGCCUAAUUUCACCUUCCGGGUCACCGUCGGCGACACCAGCUGCACUGGUCAGGGCCCCAGCAAGAAGGCAGCCAAGCACAAGGCAGCUGAGGUGGCCCUCAAACACCUCAAAGGGGGGAGCAUGCUGGAAGCAGCCCUGGAGGACAGCAGUUCUUUUUCUCUCCUAGACGCUUCACUGCCUGAGGACGCCCCUGUCACUGCUGCAGAAGCUGCUGCCCCUGUCCCAUCUGCUGUACUAACCAGGAGCCCUCCCAUGGAGAUGCAGCCCCCUGUCUCUCCUCAGCAGUCUGAGUGCAACCCUGUUGGUGCUCUGCAGGAGCUGGUGGUGCAAAAAGGUUGGCGUUUGCCAGAGUACAUGGUGACCCAGGAGUCUGGGCCUGCUCACCGCAAAGAGUUCACCAUGACCUGCCGGGUGGAGCGUUUCAUUGAGAUUGGCAGCGGCACCUCAAAAAAGCUGGCAAAGCGUAAUGCAGCAGCUAAAAUGCUGCUUCGAGUGCACACGGUACCUCUGGACGCCCGGGACGGCAACGAGGCGGAGCCCGACGAGGAUCACUUCUCCAUCGGUGUGAGCUCCCGUCUGGAUGGACUUCGGAACCGGGGGCCAGGCUGCACCUGGGAUUCCCUGCGCAAUUCAGUGGGAGAAAAGAUCCUAUCUCUUCGGAGUGGCUCCAUGGGUUCUCUAGGGGCUCUGGGCUCUGCCUGCUGCAGCGUCCUCAGUGAGCUCUCUGAGGAACAGGCUUUCCAUGUCAGCUACCUGGAUAUUGAGGAACUGAGCCUGAGUGGGCUCUGCCAGUGCCUGGUGGAACUGUCCACCCAGCCAGCCACUGUGUGUCACGGUUCUGCAACUACCAGGGAGGCAGCCCGAGGUGAGGCUGCUCGACGUGCCCUACAGUACCUCAGGAUCAUGGCGGGUAGCAAGUAGCACCCUGGCUGCAGUGAUGGAUGCGUCUUUUGCUUCUUGCUCCCUGGGCCCA